GAGAGAGAGAGAGAGAGAUGGGAAGUAAGAGAGAGAUAGAAGAAGAGGAGGUGAUGGGGUGGUCAUCAUCUAUGGAGCCUCAGUUGUCACUAAACCAUGUUUCGUUUGUAUGCAAAUCAGUGAGCAGAUCAGUGAGAUUCUAUGAGGAAGUAUUAGGGUUUGUGCUCAUUAAACGCCCUUCUUCCUUCAAUUUUGAAGGAGCUUGGUUGUUCAAUCAUGGAAUUGGCAUCCAUUUGCUUGAAAGCAACUCUCCAAACGACAUUCCAGACAAGAAAGGAGUAAUCAAUCCAAAGGACAACCAUAUUUCAUUCCAGUGUUCAGAUUUAUGGUUGGUGAUAAGAAAAUUGAAGGCAAUGAACAUCCAAUAUGUGAAGGGUGAGGUUGAGGAAGGUGGAGUUAAGGUGGAUCAGCUCUUCUUCCAUGACCCUGAUGGGUACAUGAUUGAGAUCUGCAACUGUGAGAAUCUCCCUAUUCUUCCACUUUCUUCAUGCCCUUUGAAGAAGCUCCCUUACUCCAAUAGGGAGAAUGAUAUGUCCCUGCUUAUCUCAGGAGAACAAUGGCAAGAGCUGCCGCGUUCCGAGAAAGCUUUAGCCUUGAUAAUCAACAAUUUGGUUACUGACAUGAUGGUCAUCUCCUUCUGAAGAAUUUCUGAGAAAUAUGAUAUACAUGAAGGGUGCUUUUCAAGAUCAUGUGAACAUUGUAUAAAUUG